AUGGAGCAGUACAACCACUCAAGCGUAACAGAAUUUGUGCUCCUUGGCUUCCCCAAAGUGGGACAUAUUAGAGGCUGGCUUUUUGUCCUGUUGCUGGUGGCAUACCUGUUCACUAUUGGUGGCAACACGCUCAUCUUCUUAGUCAUUCGACUGGAUGCAGCCCUUCACAAACCCAUGUAUCACUUCGUCAGUGUUCUCUCCUUCUUGGAGUUGUGGUACACAGCCACCACCAUCCCUAAGAUGCUAGCUAAUCUUCUCAGUGAGAAGGAGACAAUUUCUUUUGCAGGAUGCCUCCUUCAGACCUACUUCUUCCACUCCCUAGGGGCCUCUGAAUGCUACCUUCUUACAGCCAUGGCCUAUGAUCAAUACCUGGCCAUCUGCAGGCCCCUCCACUAUCCUAUAAUUAUGACCUCGACGCUCUGUGCCAAGAUGGCUGCUGGGUGUUGGACUUGUGGUUUCCUGUGUCCCAUUUCUGAGAUCAUCCUGGUCUCCCAGCUUCCCUUCUGUGACUACAAUGAAAUCCAACACAUCUUCUGUGACUUCCCACCUCUUCUGAGCCUGGCCUGUAAAGACACAUCCACUAAUGUUCUGGUAGACUUUGCCAUCAAUGCCUUCAUCAUCCUUGUCACCUUCCUCUUUAUCAUGGCUUCUUAUGGAAGGAUCAUUGGAGCUGUGCUGAAGAUAAAAACAGUAGCAGGAAGAAAGAAGGCCUUCUCUACAUGUGCCUCACAUCUCAUUGUUGUUCUCAUCUUCUUUGGGAGCAUCAUUUUCAUGUAUGUAAGACUAAAGAAGAGCUACUCACUAACUCUUGACCGUACACUUGCUGUAGUCUACUCUGUGCUAACACCACUGGCCAACCCCAUUAUAUACAGUCUUCGCAAUAAGGAACUUAUAAAGGCCAUCAAAAGGACCAUUUUCAGGAAGGGGGAAAAAGCUAGUCCCACUCACCACUGA